AAAAUGCCUCUUUAAAAAGUCGUCUUCUGUAUCUUAGAAUAUGUAGGCUUACUGUGUUUGUAGCUAGCAUUCUGCUGGCUUGCAGAAAGUAAUGAAAAGUUGAACCACCGACAGUAUUGAUGUUGUAAUUUCUUAGUGUGGAUGUGAGAGUUUCCGUGUGCUGUUAAUAAUUUGUGAGAACUGGACUUGUGGACAUGAAUGCAACUUACAAGUGGAAACUGAGUAUACAAGGUCUUCAGACUUUUCUCCAAGAUUAACAUGGCGUGGCGUCAGUUCCUGUCCUCUGUGGUGCCACUUUGCUGCUCCCAGUUACUUACCAUGCAGAUGUCCUCCUUCCUCCUCGUCUCUCCCUUGGGUGUGUGAGCAAUGGCAGGAAAGGCCGAAUAACUACAGAUUCUAGGUCAUUGUUUACUCUAAGCGUUUUCUUAUUGAAUAUUUUCUAAUACUCUUUCAUGGUUUCAAUGCCUAAUUCAUAGAUGUUUGGUUUUGUUGGUUUUGAGACAGCGCUUCCCGUCCAGACUGGCCUUGAACUCACUGUGCAGCUGAAACUGUCUGUGAAUUCCCAGUCCUCUGCCACCUUCUCCUUCUCCACUGGAAUUGCAGGCAGGAGUGGCCACACCCAGCUAGAUGUUUGCUCUCAAUGCUUGUUUAGCCUUGCUGUUAAUAGACUAGUUGGAAAAUUGUUAAGAUUUGUCUAGUAGAACAUAAUAGUGCUUUUAUCUAAUCCAGAUUCUCGUAUUCUGUGUAGGAGUAUUCCUGUCCAAAUACAAGUUAAGUAUUUCUUAAUUGUACUCAGGAGAAAUAAGUAAGUCUUAUACUAAGACACCUAGAUCGAGGAAACCCUAAGAGGACAGUUAGGUGGAGGGGCCAUAGCAGAAACUGACAAGGUAACCCAUGCAGCCCUGGCUGGCCUGGAUUGUUGUGUAGCAGAGGAUGACCUGGAAUUUCUGGUCCUCCUGCCUCUGCCUCGCAAGUUCAAGGCUGACAGGUGCACAUCAGCAUGCUUGGCUUGUUCUCCUUUUAUACAUGACAGACAUCAGGAGGUUAAACAACUUGGAAGUGGGGGUUUUAUACUCAGCCUCCUCUUGACAAUGACUUGAAAUAUCAGCACAUGCUAAUAAUUUAAUGGUUUAUUCUCCCCCCCCCCUCCAGAUUUUCCAAAAACAAUGGCAACACCUCGAGGGAGGUCAAAGAGGAGAGGUGCUUUCGAGGUUUCUUCAGAUAGCCUGCCUUUGAGGAGCUCCGGGAGGCAGGCAAAGAAGAAAGCAGCAGAGACCACAGACGAGGACGAAGAUGGCUCGUCGGAAAAGAAGUACAGGAAAUGUGAAAAGGCUGGCUGUACGGCCAUGUACCCUGUGUGCUUUGCAAGUGCUUCUGAAAGAUGUGCCAAAAAUGGCUACACCUCCCGAUGGUAUCACCUUUCCUGUGGGGAACACUUCUGUAAUGAAUGCUUUGACCACUACUACAGAAGCCACAAAGACGGCUAUGACAAAUACAUGGCGUGGAAAAGAGUGUGGACCAGCAAUGGCAAGACAGAACCCAGCCCCAAGGCAUUCAUGGCAGACCAGCAGCUGCCCUACUGGGUUCAGUGCACAAAACCAGAGUGUGGAAAGUGGAGGCAGCUUACCAGGGAAAUCCAGCUCACUCCACACAUGGCAAGAACUUAUCGCUGUGGCAUAAAGCUAAAUACUAUCACCAAGACUGACACCCCUGAUCAUUGUUCUCUGCCUGAGGAUCUAAGAGUGCUGGAAGUUUCCAACCACUGGUGGUACUCCAUGCUUAUCCAGCCUCCUUUGCUAAAAGACAGCGUGGCUGCACCGCUGCUCUCUGCCUACUACCCUGACUGUGUUGGCAUGAGCCCCUCCUGCACCAGCACAAACCGUGCCGCGGCCACCACCACCAGCAGUGCCAGCCCAGGGAAGAUGGAGCCCUCCAAGGCAGCCCCCUCUCCACUUGUUCUAGGCAUGAAUCGCUACUUCCAGCCAUUCUACCAGCCCAAUGAGUGUGGCAAAGCUCUGUGUGUGAGGCCCGACGUGAUGGAGCUGGAUGAGCUCUAUGAGUUCCCAGAGUAUUCUCGAGACCCCACCAUGUACCUGGCUUUGAGAAACCUCAUCCUCGCUCUGUGGUACACAAACUGCAAAGAAGCUCUCACUCCUCAGAAGUGCAUUCCCCACAUCAUCGUCCGGGGCCUUGUGCGCAUUCGAUGCGUCCAGGAAGUAGAGAGGAUUCUUUACUUCAUGACGAGGAAAGGCCUCAUCAACACAGGAGUUCUCACCGUGGGAGCCGGCCAGCAUCUUCUCCCUAAACACUACCACAAUAAAUCGGUUCUGGUUGUUGGGGCUGGUCCAGCAGGCUUAGCAGCUGCUAGGCAACUACAUAACUUUGGUAUGAAGGUGACUGUCCUGGAAGCCAAAGGUCGAAUUGGAGGCCGAGUUUGGGAUGACAAGUCUUUUAAAGGUGUCGUAGUGGGAAGAGGACCUCAGAUUGUCAAUGGCUGUAUUAAUAACCCAGUAGCACUAAUGUGUGAGCAACUUGGCAUCAGCAUGCAUAAGUUGGGAGAAAGAUGUGACUUAAUUCAGGAAGGUGGACGGAUAACUGACCCCACUAUUGACAAGCGCAUGGAUUUUCAUUUUAAUGCUCUCUUGGAUGUUGUCUCUGAGUGGAGGAAGGAUAAGACUCUGCUCCAAGAUGUCCCUUUAGGAGAGAAGAUAGAGGAGAUCUACCAAGCUUUUGUGAAGGAAUCUGGCAUCCAGUUCAGUGAGCUGGAAGGACAGGUGCUGCAGUUCCACCUGAGCAACCUGGAGUACGCCUGUGGCAGCAGCCUGCACCAGGUGUCUGCUCGCUCCUGGGACCACAAUGAAUUCUUUGCCCAGUUUGCUGGUGACCAUACUCUUCUAACUCCUGGAUACUCUACUAUCAUUGAAAAACUGGCUGAAGGACUAGACAUUCGCCUCAAAUCUCCAGUGCAAAGUAUAGAUUAUACUGGAGAUGAAGUGCAAGUUACCACGACAGAUGGUAUAGGGUAUUCUGCACAAAAGGUACUGGUCACGGUGCCACUAGCCAUUCUACAGAGAGGUGCCAUCCAGUUUAAUCCACCGUUGUCAGAGAAGAAGAUGAAGGCCAUCAAUAGCUUGGGUGCAGGCAUCAUUGAAAAGAUUGCCUUGCAGUUUCCAUAUAGAUUUUGGGACAGUAAAGUUCAAGGGGCUGACUUUUUUGGUCAUGUUCCUCCCAGUGCCAGCCAACGAGGGCUCUUUGCUGUAUACUAUGACAUGGACCCCCAGCAGCAGAGUGUACUGAUGUCCGUGAUCACAGGGGAGGCAGUCGCAUCCCUCAGGACCAUGGAUGACAAGCAGGUGUUGCAGCAGUGCAUGGGCAUCCUUCGGGAGCUGUUUAAAGAGCAGGAGGUCCCAGAUCCCACCAAGUAUUUUGUCACACGGUGGAGCACAGAGCCAUGGAUCCAGAUGGCGUAUAGUUUUGUCAAAACAUUUGGAAGUGGUGAGGCCUAUGACAUCAUUGCUGAAGAAAUACAAGGAUCUGUCUUUUUUGCUGGUGAGGCAACCAACAGACAUUUCCCACAAACUGUUACAGGGGCAUAUUUGAGUGGCGUUCGAGAAGCAAGCAAGAUUGCAGCCUUUUAAAUAGAACAUGUAUGGAUGGACGUACCUACCUUUCUUCUGUGUCCCAAAUAGAAAAGUUUGAAACACAAGUUAAACUUCAGUUUUGUAAGAGAGAGGAGACUGUAUAGUAAGACUGAAAUGUAUCUGUGGUGAUAGGAAAAUGUGUACCAUUUCUCUUCUGAAAUCACUGACUCUCAAAAUCCUUCUAGGCACUUACAUUGAAUUUUAUCUUUCCAAAGGCCAAAUUAGUGCUAAGUCCUGUGGUUUUCAGAAGGCGGCACAGUACAGCCUAAAAUUGAGACCUUAUGGAUCCCUUCAGACGGGACAUUUCAUUGGCAGAUUACUUUUCCUAUAUUAUGAAUCACGUCAUCCAGCAGGAGUCACUAGGAAACUUAGAAAGCCAUGUGUUCUGUGACAAUUUUUUCAGUCCCUUUACCAAUGAGCCUUAAUAUUUCUACACAGCUCCAAUCUUUGGACUUUUCUUAAAAUUUUCAAUUCUUUUUUGAUACAAUUUGAAGGUAUGACAUUAAGCUAGGCUAUUUUAUACUACAUACUUUUCAUUGGGUAUUCAAAACUUAAGAUUCAGGUAUAUUUUGAUAUUUUAGGUCUGUGCACUCAUCAGCAACACGAGAGUAUGUAUGUUACAUUCUCAAUGGGUGCAGAAUGUUUUCACACUAUAAAACAAACCAUUUUUGGGUGGGCAGUAUACUUAAAAUUUGGCAAAAUUUAAAAGCCCCUCUUAUUUUUAAAGUAAUUUACAGUGUCUACUAUUUUAUAUAGUUUAUAGUAAGUUUCCCAUAGGCAGGUCCACUGGAAAACUGCAGAAAAACUUAAUUAUGUUGGUACAUAGCACAUACUUUAUAAGCCAUAUGUUAAAGUCUGAAUAUGGCAAAACUUUUCCAUUUAAAGUUUGUUUAAUAAACAUAGGUUUCAGGGUCUUUUAGAUGCCUAUUCUGCCAAGAGACUUCAGUUGACAAACUAGAAAUAUGCUUUUGUUUUAAAAAGUCAUUGAACAGUUCUUUGAAUUAUAUUGAUCUGCUUUUAAAAGGGGGCUACAAAGGACUUUAAAGCCACUUUUUGAAAUUAGGUAUUUCUGAAAUUCAAAAUUAGCUUGUUAACAGUGAAGUGAGCUCUAGACUGUCUAGAUACAAACCCUCCCUGUCAAGGUAUGAUACAAGCCAAUGACUACAUAUUUAAAAGUGAAUCAUUCACUGUACUUAGAGGUUAUUUGUUGAGACUCAUUGGUACUGAUAAGGGAAGUAUUCUGCUUUAAAGUGUAAGUAAUUAAAAAUGUUUAGUGUGUGUGAAGUGAUAAAUACAAAAUGUUAAAAUUUUAGUCUAAGUUAUUUAGUUUCUAGGCACUUCAGCUUGUGUUAUGCCAUUUCGUAUAAAUGUGUAUUUAAGUUUCAGUUUUAAGUGACAUACUUAAUUUCAUACGUUGUUCUACAGGAACUAUGGUACUUUUGAGUUGCUAUGUUUUUCAACCUCUUUAAGAUUUUUGUUAAUGAGAGCAGGGCAGUGGUGUUGCACGCCUUUAAUCACAGCACUCGAGAGACAGAGGCAAAGGAAUCUGAGUUCAAAGGCAGCCUCUGGUCUACAGAGUGAGUUCCAGGACAGCCAGGGCUAUAGAGAGAAACCCUGACAUAUAAAAAAAUAAUAAAUAAAACAAAAAAAAAUUGUUACUGAGCAGAAGUAUUCUUACAGUGAUUUAACUACACAUCAUGAAUGAUUGGUUAUGUAAAACUGCUUAAUAAGAACUUUUGCAAAUACCCUUAAUAAAAGGUUUUAGCAUCACUGUCAACUUUGUUUUCAGUCUUUUCAAACAAUCACUUCAAAAGUGGUCCGUUAUUACUGAAGAAAUCUAAGUCAUCGGAUUAGGGGAUUAAUCCUCCCACACCCCAGAGAAUGACACGAAAGCAAAUAAAUGGAAAGACUAGAUACAAGACAUUUAAAACAUCAAUUUAUUCUUUAUUGCCAAGAUUUAUAACAAAUUAUUUAAAAGUAAAGGCCAAUUUUUAGUCCCCAUUUAGUUACUUGUUCCAUUUCACUCUAUGCAUACUAAAGUCAGAUAUGUGAAAAUACCUGUUAAUGCUCAACAUUAAUCUGAUUUAUGAUGCAGAAAUUAAACACUCAGUUGGUACAUCAAUUGUCACUCUUGUCAAAGCAGCUUAUUUGUAUAAUUCACAAAUAGGUUAUUAGGACAGUCAAAAGGCAAAAUUUAAAUUCAGGGGCAGACCAUAUUUACUUGAUUGACCAAAAUUUAAAAAUCAAACAGCCUUCAUUUCUAUAAUA